AUGGACCGUGCAAACCUCAACAGUCGCGCCACCGAAAUUGCUGAGGUUGUUCGCAGCCUAGCAGGCGAUCUGUCUUCGCAGGGAAUCCCCGAGCCUUCUUUCGAACAUGGAUUACCCGCUGUGCUGCAGACCGAUGCGCCGGAUUCAAAUGCCCUAGCCGCACGCAUGAAGCUCCUGGGCUUGCUAGAUGAGCUACGUGAUCUUUUAACCGAUCCAGCACUCUUGGGUAGCCCUGAAUUGCGUAACCCUUCUUUGAGUGUAUUGGCAUUGAUUCGCCUGAAGAUCUUUGAAAAUUUUCCGAGUGAGGGAACCACCAUCAAAGAUCUAGCACAGCGCGUUAAUCGCAAUGAAAAUUUUGUUCGCCGAUUGAUGUCUCAUGCCGCCACCUAUCAUGUCUUCUUCCAAGAAGAGCCUGAUUUUUUCAUCCACACAGCUGGCUCCCGUAUUCUAACGGAGAAUGAGGGUAUGCGUUCUUGGAUGCUGGUCGGACUUGGCGAGACCAUGCCUGGUGCCCUUAAAGGAUGGAGUAUACAAAAUGGCACUGAUCUCCCGGUCUUCCAAGCCCUCGCCAACAUGCCUGAACGUGCGAAGAUCUUUGCUACAGCCAUGAGUUGGCACGCUCAGCUACCUGGCUACUCUCCGCAGUAUCUAAUAGAUCACUUCCCGUUCGGAUCUGGAGAUAUCACGGUCGUCGAUGUAGGCGGUGGCAUCGGCCAUAUCGCCCGUGCACUCGCGGAUCACUGCCCAACAGUUCAGUGCAUUGUACAAGAUCGCCCCGAGGUUAUUUCUCAGGCAGAACAAGCUUUGCCGGUUAACCUCCAGGAUCGUAUCCGCUUCCAAACCCAUGACUUUUUCCAAAACCAACCGGUACAUGGCGCUGAUGUUUAUUUAUUGCGUCAUGUACUGCAUGACUGGUCCAAUAAAUACGCGCGGAAGAUCCUGCAGGCUUUGAUACCAGCUUUGAAGCCCGGGGCCAAGGUGGUACUAAAUGAUCGCAUCAUUCCCGGCUAUGGAGAGGCACAUUACUUGAAAGAGCGUGAAGCACGGGACUACGAUAUGUACAUGCUUGGUUUGCAGAAUGCUCAAGAGCGCACACCAGAUGAUUGGAAAUCUCUUUUUAGAGAAACAGACUUGCGAUUUAAUGUUAUGAGAAUAUCCCAGCCGUCUAAAUCGUAUCUCUCCAUUAUGGAGGUAACCUGGGAGGGCUGA